GACCCAUCGCCCAUAAUGCACGCCGUUCGCGCGAUCAUCGCCGCAUUGGCCCUCGCAAGCCCGGCAGUACUCGGUCAGUCGUGCUAUAGCAAUCAGGGCACAUGCAAGUACACAUCCGCCUGUAAGGGACCGAUGUACUACUCAAAGCCAGGGUAUUGUCCCGGCCCUAGAGAUUAUCAGUGCUGCAUUCCAACCGGCUGCGUUGUAUGCAGUGGGGACGGUAAAGAGACGGCGGGUCUAGAGGCCCGUCGGCCGUGCUGCUGAGGCUGAGGUCAGGAGGUGGAGGCAAAGGCGAAGCGCGUCGAGGACAACGAGAGGGGGAGACCAGCAUGUCCAGAAAGCAGGUUUGGAGGAGGGCAGGUUCAAUCGUGACUGUUAUCGAGAAGCAGAAGAUAAUGCCAUACACGAAUAAGAAUAAUUCGACCAUGUAUUUGCAGAACAUUGAGGCCAUGAGCGUCAAGAACAG